AUGGAGAGUGUUCCGUCUCCAGACGCAGGAAACCGAAAUGGAAGGGAUCAUCGCUCUGGGGCCAAGCAUUGGCUCCCUGUCCUGCAGCCACUGGAACCUCGUCAAGCAAUUCUAGUGGAGUCUCUUCCUCUCUGGGAAGAGCGUGGACUGGCUGAGCUAAGCGAGUCACAGUGCGCUCUCCAGCUAUUGACGAUACAACAUUUAAUUUUCCCUUCCCUUUUGAUUCUAUGUAGCAUUACACAACAACAACUAACUCACUCUCCAGGACAUUUUAUUUUUCGGAUAGCACAACAUUACGCACGCGUCUCCUUCCAGAAAUCCGACGGGGAGACCUCACUGUCUGGGCGCCACGAAUCUGAAACUGAGUCACCUAUACACGGUCCUUGUCUGGUCUUGUGUCAAGUUAAAGCAGCAUCAACAAAAAUGGCAGGGAAGUAUUCAGCUGUUGGUUCAUUCCGCACCCGGUUAACCGUUGGCCUCUUAGCUGCAUUCAAAGGUUGGUCAAAUGGCGGAGAGUUGACUCCUUCAAGGACGAGUAGUGACUGGCCUGAAUACUACUUCAUAUAG